AUGGAUGGAAUUACAAUAGAAGAUACAAGAACAGACGCAAAUACGAUAACAGUUGAGAAAUUUCAUGAUUUGCUGCUACCGGUGUUGCACAAGCCGAUUUUGACACCGAAAGAGGCAAACCAGCUGACUUUUCACCUUACAGAACUUUUGAUGAUCAAUAAUUGUGAACCUAAGGUACUAAGAAUCUUAUCUCGAUACCUAUCGAAGAAGUCUUAUGAGGAGAUCGUUGAAGAGAGAGUAAUCGAACAUUUUUGUGGGUAUCCACUUUGUAAACACAACGACCCAAAAAAGAUAAAAGACAUGCAGGUGAAUAGUUUGGUCAAAAGUUUGAAGAUGCCAAGGUAUUACAAGUCAAGGUACUGCUGUAAGAAUCAUUACCUAUGUUCAGAAUUUUACAAAAAUCAGCUAAGUUUUGAAGCUUUGUUUAUGAGGGUCAACUUGAAUCAACCAUGGUUUGCAGAGGAUACGGUAGAAAAUGGGGUUGUCUUAUUGGAUCAGUACAUCAACAUGAAGGAAAAGGGAAUCGAAGUUGAUGAUUUAGACAAUGUCAUUGAUAUGCUAAGGCGUAUGAAUGUGGAGGACUCGGGUUCUGACACGAAGGCACAGGAGCUUAUUGAGAAGUUCGAGGGCUUUAAAGUUAUAGAACACACUGGAACGCAAAAGUCCAACGACAUUUAUGGGAAUGAGUAA